GCGGGGGCGUGGCCUCCGCGGGGCAGGGGCGGAGCCCUGGCAACCCCGGGGACCCCGCUAAGCAAGUCGGCUUCGCAGGCGGGGAGCCUGGGCUGGAGCAGCAGAGAAGGAAGGGACCUUGCGGAGGAGGAGAGGAAGGGACCCCCGGCAGGCAGGCAGCUCCGUGGAAGCGCCGAGCGGAGGAAGCCCUCCUCCUUCGGCAGAGAAAUUUGGGGAAGAUCAAUGCCAGUUGGUUGAGGCUUCUCUGCUGGCAGAGUGAAAGGAUCCUGUUUCUGGUCCUGUGCAAGGGUGGAUUGAUGAUCAUGGAUUUCCUGUAUCGACAUGCAAAUGAAUACAUGGCAUUUGUUUUGGCUUUGUGAGAGAUUAUUGUCAUCCUGGCUUCUAUAAGGCUGGGACAAGAUGGGGGCAGGUUGGAGUGAGAGAGAAGUUUACAACAACGUUGUAGUGUAAUUCACUGCUACUGUACCCGUAUUGGUAUUGAGGGACUGAAUCACCCUGAAAUGUAGUCCCCUGUUGAUACUGCAGGUCAGAGGGACAAGACGAGGGGUUGGUUGCAGUGAACUAUUCCAGGAUUAGGGACUGAUAUAGACUUAUAUGUAAUGAUCUGAAUUUGAAAGGAAUAAUCCAACAUCAUCCUUGAUCCUAUCACAAAUAUCACUGCACUGGAAAGCCAUUCCCAGAGGGCUGCAAACAGCUCUCCAGAAUACCCUAAGCAACAGUGGAACUUGAUCUGAGGCUUUGUGGUUUCUUGCUGUGCUGUGAGAAGGUUUCUUUGCUGUUUUGGACAUACACUUGAAUUUGGACCAAGGUUCAAGAAUGGCCCAGGUUCUGCACAUGGACACAACUUUUUUCCCAGGGAAGGCCAAUCCUGCUUCUGCUACAGCCUUCCAUGGGAAGGAGCAGGACUUGCCCUAUUCUGUGGAGACACCGUAUGGCUACCGACUGGACCUGGACUUUCUAAAGUACGUGGAUGACAUUGAGAAGGGCCACACCAUUAAGCGCAUUCCAGUCCACCGCCGACCACGCUACAGCUCAUUGCCACGAGGCUACGGCUACACUGGCUCAUGGUGGACCUCUACUGAAUCUCUCUGCUCCAAUGCCAGCAUAGACAGUCGCCACUCCUCCUAUUCUUAUUGUGGGCGCAGCUUCUAUCCACAGCACAAUAAUGCCACACCGAGCAGCUUCAAUGCCCGUGUGGAGAAGACUUUGCUGGAUGCCAGAAAGAAGCUAGAAGACCAGGCAGACUCAGCAGAUGGUGAGAGGCCCAGGGCAAGUGGCCUUGGAAGCCUCCACAGCAGCGUAGCUGGAUCAACCAGCUCCUUGGUGGGAAGCCAGUCCCUCUUCCGCCAGACUUCUUACAAUGGCUCACAACAAGGUGCUCCUGGACAUUUCACACCCAUUGGUUCAGGGUUGUCCACCCCAGUCUCGCCAACCCCAGGGCACCUCCAGCAUGUCCGGGAGCAGAUGGCUGUGGCCUUGAAGAAGUUGCGCCAAUUGGAAGAGCAGGUCAAGAUGAUCCCGGUGCUUCAGGUGAAGAUCUCAGUGUUGCAGGAAGAGAAACGGCAGCUUAGUGUGCAGCUCAAAAGCCAGAAGUUCUUGGGACACCCAGGGGGGGUUGGCAAGGGCAAGUCCAGGGGGGAGCUCUAUAUAGACAUCCCUGAGGAGGGGGCAGGUGGAAAUGAGGAGGGCAGCACAAGGCCUGAGAAAGGACACAGGCUCACAAAGAAGGAAGUGAGAUCAGUAGAUGUGGGGAUGUCAACUGAAGAUGGAGAGUUGAGUGUGGAAGUGGGGAAGUGUGAUGUAGGGGUGGCGGUCAGGGAGGAGGAGUUGGAUUUGCCUUCCCCUGAGGAGGAGCGGCAGCACCAAGCCAUUCAGGCCCUGUCUGCCAAGAUUGCAGUUCUAGAGGCACAGCUGAAGAGGGCACUCCAAGAGCUCCAAGCUGCCCACCAGAAACUGGCAUGUCAGGGCAGGGAGCAGGAGGGCAAAGGGACAUCCAUAGGAGAUGGUGGUGGCCUGGCAAUAGGGGAAGACAGUCCAGAGCAAUGGGAUAAUGGGCCCCCGCAGUGGCACCAGGAUGUCCCCAUUCAGGUGGAGACAAUCAAAGUUGUCCAAGUGGAAAGGGAGCCAGAGACCAUAGCUAGCACAGCCACAGGGAUGGACCACAGGCCGCAGAGGGCACAACGCUUGGAGAACAAGGAGCCCAAUGCCAGCCUCAAAGCUUUGGCAGGCCAAGAUACAGAGUCAGAAGAAGUGAAGAUGCCACUCUACACCACUUAUCGCAGUGAUGAGGUGAUGGAGACCACAUUCCCAGUCCAUGCUGGUGCAGUGGCCACAAAUAUCACUUUCCAUUCUGUGAAAAAGAUCAGCAUCAUUGGCACAGAGGAGAAUAGGGAUGGAAAGCAAGAAGCAGAGUCUCGUGGGUCAUUAGAGAGAGCUGAGCUCUCAGCUCCGAACUCCCUCCAGACAGAGCCUGUGGCUCCCUGCGUGUCUCACGACUCUCAGUUAGAUGCAGAAAGUGAGGACCAAGCUUCACUUACAGCAGGGAUCCGGUCAAUCAUGAAGAAAAAGGAGGAACCUACAGAGUUUCUGGCCAACAAGAAGAGCCUCCAGUUUGUGGGCGUCAAUGGCGGGUACGAGUCCACCUCCUCUGAGGACUCCAGCACAGCUGAGAACAUCUCGGACAAUGAAAGCACUGAGAGUGAAUACCACGAGGCAAGUGAGGGGCUCCCUGCAGCACAAGCAAUUGCAGCUGAGCCCCCAAAGCCUUCUGGGGCAGCCACAGCAACAUCUCACCCUGGAGUCUCCACCGAAAGGGGAGAAAUACUAUCAGCAGAAAGCUCCAGCAAGGAACCAGCAGGCAAAACUGGGAUGGGACUCGGCAAGGAGCUGCUUUCAGCCUGUGAAGUUCUUCAGAAGUACCUAGAGAGCCCCAAUGCCCAUAUGGAUGAAGAAAUGAAAUUGGCAUAUACCACUGUGAUGCACUACUGGCUGAGACUUUCCUGCCACAAAGAAGCAGACCCAGAAUCAGUCUCACAGCACUUGGCUGCUAUCCAGGCUGUCUCCCCCCAGUUGCUGGAGUUCAUCAUCAACAUGGCUGAUGCCAAUGGUAACACAGCCCUCCAUUACACUGUCUCACAUUCCAACUUCCCAGUGGUCACAACGCUCCUUGAAACAGGAUUCUGCCAUGUGGACCAACAGAACAAAGCUGGCUACACGGCCAUCAUGCUGACGGCACUGGCUGCUUCCCGGUCAGAGAGUGAUACGGAGACCAUUGUACAGCUGCUGAAAAUGGGCAAUGUGAAUGCCAAAGCCAGCCAGGCUGGGCAGACUGCACUGAUGUUGGCUGUUAGCCAUGGGCGUUUGGACAUGGUUCGUGCCUUGCUAGCUAGCGCAGCAGACAUCAACUUGCAAGACGAUGAUGGUUCCACAGCACUGAUGUGCGCCUGUGAACACGGCCAUGCUGAGAUUGUCCGCCUGCUUCUGGCCACGCCUGGCUGUGAUGUUGCCCUCUCCGACAAUGAUGGUAGCACAGCUCUCUCAAUUGCGCUGGAAGCAGGCCAGAAUGACAUUGCCAUCAUGCUGUAUGCUCAUCUGAACUUUGCCAAAGCCACAUCUCAGGGGACCCCAAAACAACUGAAAGCUGAGAACACAGCUGUGACGUCCAGAGAUGCUACUCAGUAACACAAAAUAGGGUGGUGUCAUGUCCUGCUACACCCCGAAUUUUCUCACUUCCCUUUGAAGAAGGACCUGAGACCUUGUAAAGGACUGACGAAGAAAGGUAGCGUACAAAUCUCCCAAGAAUUGCUGUCUCUUCUCAGUCUCCAUCGCCCUGUCCAUCAGCUGGAGACUCUCAUCUGCUGCACUCGCCGGGGUGCUUUGCUUCCCAGCAGAAGGUGCUGCAUCUACAGCCUUCGGGUAGCUGUUUUAGAAGUGCUGCAGCGUAGCCAGCUGAGUUUGAUUGGCUGAAAUUCUGAUAGUUAGCAAGCAGGAUUGGUGAAGGAUCUCUGGAUACAGCUUCUCAGACAAAGUGACACAGCUUAAAGGCUUUCCUGCUUUCUAGGGACUUGUUUUUCUCUCUCCCCCAACCUACUCCAUUCACCCAAAUCUAUUGCAGGAGCAAGGAACUCUGCAAAUGAAGAAAUGAUGGCUGUACUUCAAUUAUGGACAGUACAAGAAGAGACCACUGGGGGAGGGGUGGCUGUAAUCCUAUUAGCUAGAGUUGAUGAUCUUGGGUCGUCUGGGGUUAGAGAGAUUCCAUUUCAUCUAUUGUAGAGAGAGACUGGGACAGAGAGACCAAGCAUACACUUCUGCCAUGCACUUCUUGAAUAACCUUGGGCAAAAGCCUUGGCUUACUUUUUUGUCUUAGCUCCUCCUCUCAUGGUAAAAUAGGACUUAAUGUAUUUUUAAGAAGCCAGUGAAGGAAUGUGUAUCUAAAGCAACUCCAUACUGAAUAGAUUUUCCUUUUCUGCUUUUAAAGUCAAGAAAUCCCUAUGGAAACAUGAAUUUACAGGCAAUUUUGCAACAAAACUAAAAUAAGAAUUUGACACAAAGUUUAAAAUUAGUGAAUUUUACAAAUUUGGCAAAAAUUUAGUUCUCACUGAGUUUGGCAGCUUGGUAAGGGAGCCAUAUAACAUGAUCUAGAUAGAUUUCUCUCCAAAAUUAUAACUGUCACUUGCUUAGGCCACAGAUAAUUUAUUCUGCAUGAGGAAGAGUUGUGACUAAGUGCUCAUGCACUCUUGCAGAGUUCUAUUUAUUUAAACAGAGUUUACACAGGAGUCAUUCUCCCAGUGUAUUGAAGCCUAGAGUACUAGCCAGCUCUCCUUGUCAGUUGCUCUCUACAAUCUGAUUUACUGAUGUUGGAUGGCUGGGAUCUGAAGACAAGACAUAACUGAUCUUGUUUGACUAAAUACUGAAAUAAUGCAGUACAAAUUAAACAAAAUUGAACUGUUUCCCUUUUUUAAAAUACAAAAUUCCUUCAUGGAUGCUUCUGCAAGAAAAUUGAUAAUUCCAUGUGCUAUGCAAGUUGAAAAGUCAUCCACUCAAUUCUUUGGGGUUUUAAUGCCAAAAUGUAUGCCUGUCUCUCCUAACAACAAUGACUGGGGGUGGGGGAGAGAUAAAAAAUAAGAUAAACCAUAGUGGUUGUUUUUUUUAAUGCCAAUCAUUUGAAAUUAAAAGGUACAUCCUAUUUUUGUAUAAAUAUAUUAUAUAAAUAUAUAUUAAUAUACACCAAGAAAAUGACUUUAUAUAAAUUAUUUUAGUGCACAUUGUUUAGAGAUUCUAGAGGAGCCAAUGUCCAAAAUGUGGAGAAGGGUGGCAGGCUGGGCGAAGGACUGCUGUCUUAGCUGCAAAUCUGCUGGCUGAUAUAUUUGCACAGUUUAUAUUUUGCCUUGUGUGAAAGCUAUUAGACACUAGCUGGGCUUAAAACAAAUGUUUAUUUGAAGCUGACUGGCUCUUGUGUUGCUCUGAACACACAAGUGGUACAAGUAUAUCUUCUUGGCAGCCAUUUUCUGUUGCUGUCUCCAAAGCAGACGUUUUAAACUGGCAACAAGAGGCUUGAGAAGCUGCAUGCCUUUCAGAGUGAGUCUGGAUCUUGUAUUUGGGAUAUCACCUCAUAUACAUGUAAUCUCUUUUAGGAUUAUCAUAUGAUGAUAUUUCUACAAUUUUUAGAGGAAUGCCAUUUAUAAACAUUAUAAAAAUAAAAUGAUCAGAUAUUA